AUGAGAAAAUUUUCGUGUUUCGAUCAUCCCACCAGAAAUCGUUUCAAAAAACAUUUGAAAACUCUCGGAGUUGGAAGUGGCUUACUCGUGCUCGUUGCUGGAUUGGGUACUCUUGCUAAUAAUUUAUUUCAAGCGAAUUUUCGGGCUUGGCAAGAGGUACAAGCCUUUUCAUUGGAUGAUUUACCCAGUGCUGAUUACACGACAUUUCCGUAUCGAGAAGAGAUGCUGAAAAUUCCUAGCCGAGCUGUACAGUUUGAAAGUUUGAAGAAAUUGAUGGACGAAGAUGAAUUUAACCAUGAAGCUCAAUUUGAUUUAUGUAUUGUCGGUGAUGGAUUAAUUGGAGCUGCCAUGAGUUAUGAAGCUUCAUUGAGAGGAUAUUCGGUGUGUCUGCUUUCUCCACAUGAUUUUGUUUCGUAUAAGGAUGAAUUUACAUUGAAUUCCAACAUGCUUUUUCAUCAUGUGUUGGAUGGAGAUUCGAAUGGUGGUUUGACGCCGAACUUUUUUCAAACCAAAGUCAUGCUAUGCAAAUCUGGUGUUAAUAAUGGCGAUGAAAAUUCAACAGUGACUUGCAAAUUUUAUGAAAAUAUCUAUUCGUCCAUGAGAGAAAAAUUAGAGAAACGAAAUGAUUUAUAUGUUAUUGCACCUCAUUUAAUGAGACAAUUUCGAACGACAGAAAUAUUUACCAACUCACAAAAAUUGAAUUAUUACAGACAAAUGUGGAAACUUCUGGGCUAUGAAUAUUUCAUUUAUGGAAGAGAUUUAUGGAUGGAAGAAUUAUUUUUGGGUGAUAGAAAUAUGUGUGAAGGAAAGCUGGGAAUACUAAGAAACCGAUUUCAAGAACGAGCCAAAGACAUGGAUGACCUAUUUAGGGAGUAUAAGGAUGUAAGAAAUGUGUUUAGAUGCAUUACGUACUAUGACAGUGGAAUUCUGAAUUUUCCUCGUCUCAUAUCAUCACUGGCUCUCACCACAACAGCGAUGGGAAAUUUUGCGUUGAAUCACACGCAUGUUGAGAAAAUAGAUUUGGAAAAUUCUCAACUCGUCUUUAGAGACAAAAUAGAAAAUGACAAUACUGAAUAUCGGCUUCGAUACAAGCAUUUAAUUCUAUGUGAAAGCACUCCACAAGAUGACAAACUUCUUUCCAAGAAAAACCUUCAAGAAGAGUAUUCAUUUACUUUGCCUACAAUAUCUCCUCAUAAUAUUGUCACACCAUAUGGAAAGUUCAUACCCCAUUUUAGAUACUCUAUUCUAGCGUUGCCAGGAGAGCACAUUGAUAAAUUGAAAGGAGUUUUGAGACUUGGAAAUUUAACAACCGAAAAUGGAACAGUUUUCAAGAAUGCUCUCAAGGUGUUGGAUCGAACUAAAGACUAUUAUUCAUCCAUCGCAGUUUUAAGAUAUCUUUUUGGAAAGAAUUUUGAUUCAAAAUCCAACAAGACAGGAUCUCCAACUUCACAAAUAGAAUCAGAUAGUCAAGUUCAGCUUCUCCAACCAAUUUACGGAUCAGAAAAUUUUGUUCACUUUCUGACACAAACCAUGAAAGCAAAAUAUCAUCAUUUGCAUGACGAUAUUAUUCGAUAUUUGAAAUUUAGUUACGGAGAUCGAUGUUUGAAUGUGCUAAGAGAAGGUUCUCGAGAGAUUGAAAGUUCAGACGGAACCAAAACAACAUUUUAUUUACAAAAUCAGAUCUGGGAGGAUUUACCAUACUUGGAAUGUGAAAUUGGAUAUUUAGUUCGAGUAGAAAAUUGUUGUACUGCAUUAGAUGUGGCUAUUAGAUGCCAAAUGUACAGAUACGAUCCUCUUAGAGUCAUGCUAGAGUGUGAUAAAUUGCUUAAUAUCAUGAAGGAUAAAUUAUCGUGGGAUGAGAGAAGAUACAAUACAGAAAAGACUCAACUUGUUCAAUUCCUUUCCAAAUAUACUCAACAUAUCACUCUCUGA